AUGUGUGCGUGCGUGUACGUGUUUGUGUGCGUGCUUGGAUGGACCGUGGAGAAGAGAUACAAAGAUGAGCAGGUCAGAAGAAGAGGAAGAGGAAGAGGAGUCAGCCCAGCGGCCCCAGCCAGGCACACACCGUCACGGGCUAGCCCACGCCACCCCUGGACUACCUGGACUGAAGAGCAGAGUGUCAGGAGAGCACCAGCAGGAGGAGGAGGACCCACGAGGCGGUACAGGUGGAAGAAAGAGGAGGUGGAGGAGGCCGCGGAGGGUGUGUGGUGGCCGCGGCGGGUGUCGGGUGAGCCAGUGAGUGUCGCCAGGACCAGGCACGCCCCCAGCACGCCCACAGCACGCCCAGGAACACCCCCAGCACGCCCACAGCACGCCCAGGAACACCCCCAGCACGCCCACAGCACGCCCAGGAACACCCCCAGCACGCCCACAGUACGCCCAGGAACACCCCCAGCACGCCCACAGUACGCCCAGGAACACCCCCAGCACACCCUCAGUACGCCCAGGAACACCCCCAGCACACCCUCAGUACGCCCAGGAACACCCCCAGCACACCCUCAGUACGCCUGGCACACCCACAGUACGCCCAGGCACACCCCCAGCCCCUCCGGCACACCCAUUCACCGCCCGCCGCCUGCAAAGGGAAGUGUUGUCGACCUCGCUGGGAGGAGCACAGUGCCAAGGGUCAGCACACGACCCUAUGUGUCCUAACGGCCACAGUGAGGGUCUGAGGAGAGGAGUGAAGCACCAAGGGACAGCACAUGACGCUUGCUGGCUGCUGCAGCUUCCCUGAGGUUCCUGCAAGACCUGCUGACUCCUCACCCCAGGAGUGGUGGGCAGAGGAAGCUACAAGGCCAGGCAGCAGCCUGAGUGUCGGGACCACCAGGAACACUGCCACUGCUGUGAGGACCAGAAGAACCACCACCAUUACUACCAAUAACAACACCUUGCUGCUGGCAUUUCCAGCCAUAAAGGAAAGGGAAAGUUUGAGUGUGAAUAGAUUUGCACACACUGGUGAGGGACACCAUGAGUGACCUGAGUAUGGGGAAUGACUCCCAGGGAAGGACGACCUCAGCAAAUACACUGACACACACUUGUGAAGGACCUCAUGAAUGCCAUGAGUGUGGCAAAGGUUUAGAUAC